UUGUUCAUUCGUUAGAAAAGGUUGUCAACUCGGUUAUACGCUGCGGUUGAAUGCAGGUCUUUCUGCAUUUGAAGUGUGUAUGUGUUGUGUGUGUGUUGGUUUCUCCAGGAAAAAGCAAAAAAUAACAUAAAUUUCUAUAAGAUUUUUUUGGAAAAAAAGUGAUUAAUUUAUGAAAUUGAUAAAAUAUUAAGAAAUAAAAAUUAAAAGAGAAUUUCAACAUUGUAAUAGAAUAGAAGUGGAUGCAAUUUCCAUAGAGAAAUAUAAAUAAAUGUUUUUUCUUAAUGGCUGCAUUGAUCGUUUUGACAACAACCUCACAUUGCCAAAUGAUUUCAAUAGAAGGAAAAAUUAAAAUUUAAUUAUUCGCUCUAGGUGUGCAGUAAGCAUCUCCUCUCACACUCAUCUCAAAUUGAAUAACAAACAAACAAAAAACUAAACAUUCCUUCAACGAAUUAAAGAAAUAUAAAUAAAAUAAUACAAAAUAAUUAAAAAAAGACAAAAAAACCAACCAUAGUUUCACAUAAAACAUACAAAUUUUACAAAAAUGACAUUGAAAACUUUAGAUGUUUAUUAUCAUCAGCAUUCAAGAUUAAGUCAAAUCAAGUCAUCAUGGAAGACGAUGAGCUUAAGUUUAUUACUGCUGCUAGUAAUUUGUAGUUUGUGCAAAACAAGUUGUGCAUUUGACAUGAAUACCAAAUUAAAUUUAAAGCCUACAAAAUAUACCGACUGGUCAAAGAAUGUAACAUAUAAAAGUACAACAGAUUACAAUGCACGUGGCAUGAAACCUUUAUAUGAUAUCACCCAAAAAGUAAUGUGGCUUUUGAUUGGUGGCGAAAACCCAAUACCAGAUGGCUAUUUAACGUUUAAAGAUUCGACGGUACAGUUGGGACCCAAAGUAGAGCGCAAUGAAUGGGGUGAUCUGAUUCUACAUUAUUGGCCUAUUUUAUUGAUUGUUUUAAUUGUAGGAGUUCUAGUGGCUUCUAUGCCUAUAAUAGGCUUAUGUUUCUGUUGCUGCCGUUGUGCUGGUGCAUGUGGUGGUCGUUCGGAGCCAUUUGAUAAAAAACAUGAUACCUGCCGCCGUGUUUUUCUAGGUUUCUUUUUAAUACUUUUAGCCACAGGAAUAUUGUUUGGUGUUAUUGUGGCAUUUGCCACCAAUAGUUAUAUGCAAUAUGGUAUAGAUGACAGCACUGCCGUUGUACGUGCCGGUAGCAAUGAUACUCAAACAUUCUUAGAUGUUACCUCAGAACAAUUGGAAUAUGUUUUAGUUAAUAAUUACAAACAGUUAUCCGAUCAAUUGGAACUGAUACUAAGAGAAACCUCUGACUUUAUCAUUACUCAGUUAGAACAAAAGUCUAUGGCUGUUUCGGUGGGUUAUCUAACUGAUUUUCUUAAAAAACUGCCAGACUUGCAGAGAAAAUUACAGAAAAUGAAAUUAAUAACAAAUGAUCUAAGGGUCUAUGCUUCUCAAUUAAGUGAUGGUUUACGUGGUGUUAAACGUGAUUUAUUAGUUAUGCUUAACAAAUGUUCAGAUCAGUCUUGUAAGGAAGUUUUAAAUAGAUAUGAAAUUGGAAAACUAGAUGCCAAUGGUAUCCAUUAUGAUCAGAUGGUAGAUCGUUAUUUUCCUAAGCUGCCUGAUGUCACUUCUAUAAUUGAAAACUUAGAGCAAUUAAUAAGCGAUGAUAUAGCCUCGGCUGGAGAACGUGGCAAUAAAGCUUUGAAAGCCAUGCGUAAACAUUUAAAUGAUACAAUUGCCAUAUAUACGCCACAAAUUGUUGAUGCCAUUACUAAAGCCGGUGAAGGUUUGCAUAAAGCUUCAAAUGAUAUUAAAACAAAAUUGCAAAAUGUUUCAAAAAUUAUUGGUACAAAUACCCAUAAAUAUACCAAUAUUGCUGAUAAUUAUCGUAUUGAAUAUGGUCCAUAUCGUUUCUAUGUGGGCAUUGCUGUAUGCUCCGUUUUAUUAUUAGUUUUAGUUUGCUUAGUGGCAGCAUUAUUGUGUGGCAUAUGCGGAAAACGUCCAGAUGGUUAUGGUGAUGAUUGCUGUAAUAAGGGUUCUGGUUCACGCUUCCUUAUGUUCGCUGUCGCUAUUAUAUUCCUGACCAUCUCCGCCAUUACAUUAAUUGCUUUAAUACACUUCCUAGUAGGCAUUGUGGUUUACAGAGGAGUUUGUGUGCCACUUAAGGAUCCCCAAAACGAUGCCGUUUUUGCUGAAUUCGAUAAUUUAGUUGAUCUAAAUGAGAUUAUGUAUCCUUCAAAAAUCAAGGGUAAAGCUGCCUCGGGUUCAUUGCCUCCCUUUAGAAUUUCUCAUGUUAUUGCUGCCUGUAAAGCCAAUCAAACCAUCUAUGAAGUAUUACACAUUAAUAAUCUGGUCGAUAUACAUGAAAUCAAUGAAUAUCCAUCACACUAUAAAAUCAAUCAAACACUUGAGAAUCUAGUGCAAGGUAUUGAUUUUGAUGACAGAGGUGUGGAAAUCUUAACAGCCGCCGAUAAACAACGCAUUUUGAGUCUUAGAGACUCUGCCUUAAAAGAUUUUGAUUCUAGCCAUUUUAUUGAUAAUCUUAAUGAUGAUAUUACUAAACACUCACUCACCGAAAUUGCCAAUCAAUUGCGCGAAACUGCCAAUAAAAUCUUAAGUCCCGACAUGAAAGACGUACAAGUAUCUUUACGUAAUCAAGCUUUGCAUUUAGAGACUUAUGAUCAAAAUCUUGUUAUACCUAUGAAAAAUCAAUCAUCUGAAUUAAUUAAAUUGGCUCAAGAUCUAGAUAAAACUCUUAGUUAUAAGGACCGUCCAUUCCAAGAGUCGAUACCAUUGCUGGUGCAGGAAAUCGAGAGAGCACAAGCUUUUAUACAAAAAGAUGGUCGAGUCUUUGUUAAGGCAACAGCAGAGGAUUUCACCAAUCAUUUUGCGGGGGAAAUAAUGCGCUAUUUGAAUAUGGUGGUAACAUCGGUUGAGAAAAAGAUUGGUAUUUGUGCACCCAUGGCUAAAGUUUAUGAUGCGGGCGUGGUGGCCACUUGUAAUAGUAUUGUUGAUCCUUUGAAUGGUUUCUGGGCUGGUGUUAUGUGGUGUGUUAUAUUAUUCCUACCAACUUUAAUUGUUGCCGUCAAGUUGUCUAGUCUUUAUCAAAAAUCUGAUCCCUAUCCUGGUCCUUUGGUUGAAUCGGAGUAUUUAUAUGAUGCUUACAGUGAGCGUGAUCACAUUCCAUUGGCAAAUGGUCCAAAAAAUAAACGACGCAAGAAUAAAGAUCGCCGUCGUCGGGAUUAUUAUGAGGAUCCUGUAGGAUCAACCUCACACGGCAUACCACCGGUUGCCGCUGGGGCACGUGAUACGCGUUACAGUGACAUGGCACCCAAAAAUUUGGUUGAGGCUACUGAUACAAGGCCAAAAGCAUUGUCGGCAGAUGGUUUCUUUUAGGCAUUGGGAUGGCGGACCACCCAGAUAUCAAAACCCACCAAUGGCACCUCCAGCAUCUGAAUAUGAACGCCCACCACCAUAUUAUUAUCCUGGCGCUUCAGAUCAGGACUAAGUGAUCUAUAUUGAAAUUCAGUUUUAAGCUGAUGUAUUCUCAUUAAACAACAACAACAACAUAGAUGGAGUUUUCCCCAAGUUAAUUACAUACAAUUAAACAAUGAGGAAUGUGUAGCAGCAGAAGGCGGAACGUAAACAUACUAAUACAAAGGAACAGAAGUUAUUUGAAAAGAAAUUCGAAAAGAGCCAUCAUAGUUUUAUAAAUACAAAUACUUAUAUAACACAUAUACAUACAUAUAUUAUUGUUAAACAUAAUGUACGUUCUCAUUUUUUAUUUAGUUUUUUCUUUCUUUUAUUUGUUUUUUUGUGAAACUUUUAUUUUUAACCAAAUGUAACUUAAAGCAGUAUUUGCCAAAAUGUGUUUAUAAGAAGAAAAACAAAAAAUCAAACAAAAUACAAAAUACAGAGUAGAGUCAUUUACAUUCAAAUUAAAAUAUAUAAAGAAAAGCAUAACAAAUUAUAAAUAAUAUUGAUAACUGAAAGUCGAAUUAAAAAAAAAAAGAAAAACAUUAAAAAUAUUGUUAUUGACAACAAUGUGUGGAUGUGGAAGUUUAACGUAGAGGUUGUUUAUCGUGAAGGCAACAGCUUUAAAAUUGACAUUUCAAUUCUUAAAUUUAGUACCAACUACUUUUAGAUAGACCCAAAAUGUUUUCAUAUAUGUAUACAUAUUAUAUACUACCCCCCCUAAUACCCCCCUCCUCCCCCACUAAAGAAUUUCUCCAGGGUGUUUAAUUAAGACAUUUAAAAUGCGUGUUUGAGCACAACGGCACGUCACAACAAUGUCAACAAUAAACAAAUGACCAUUGAAAUAUUAGAUUAAAACCCCCGCCCGCCCUU